AUGUUUGGAGCGUCAUCUUCAUUUCUGUCUUCAAAACAACCUUUGAGACGCAAUUCAGCACCUAGUUUAGAUGAUUCUUAUUUUACAAACUCUACCAUUACUAAUGAUAGUCGAUUAUUUUCAUCAGUUGAGUUAUCAAUGAAGCAACCUGUACCAUCACCAACUAAUUCUUCCGCAGCUAGGACUCAUCAACACCGUCUUAAUGCAGCACAGGAACAACGUACUUAUCGAGACAGUUGUCAACGCCUCAUGUCCCACAUUCAUUCUGUCAUGGGGAUAUGUCAGGAUCUUAAACAACACAAGUUCCCUAUUAUUUAUCCUUUCUCACAACGUAAACCAGUUCGCUCUCAUACUUUAGACACCAUAGAGGCUGUCCACACUAACCCAUUCUCCAACAAUAAUCGCUAUCUCAAUCAUGACCUUAGUAUCUUAUCACUCGAUCUUAAGCUCGGUCAUACCUCUACUGAUCUUAGCUCACUUGAAUCCAAAUCUAUUUCUACUCUUUUCUCAGAUCGUCUUGAACAAUCCCUUAAACAUCUUCAGAACUUACACAGCCGUGUUAAAGAUACUGCCUCUAAAGUUUUAGUUACUGGUGAUCUCAACUCGGGUAAAUCAACUUUUGUAAAUGCCCUUUUGAAACGUGAGCUGUUGCCGGCUGACCAACAGCCUUGCACCAACUUGUUCUGUGAAGUUUUAGAUGCUGUCCUUAUGAAUGAUGGACUGGAACAGAUUCAUGCAAUUCCAAACGACGUCGAAGUCUAUAAUCGAUUAGAUCCUUCUACCUAUCAUGUUAUUGAAUGGCGUCAUCUUUAUAAGGUGAUUACAGAAGACUAUGAACAUUAUAAGAUGUUAAAGGUCUAUGCAAAUGAUGCACGUACUGCGCAAGAAUCAUUGUUACAUAACGGUGUCGUAGAUAUUGCCCUCAUUGAUUCACCUGGUCUUAAUACAGAUUCAGUCAAGACAACUGCUGUUUUUGCACGACAAGAAGAAAUUGAUGUUGUUGUCUUUGUAGUGAGUGCAGAGAACCAUUUCACAUUAUCUGGUAAGGAAUUUUUGUGGAACGCAGCUAAUGAAAAGACCCACAUCUUUAUUGUUGUGAAUCGUUUCGACUCGAUUCGUGAUAAGGAUCGUUGUAGACGUCUCAUUUUAGAACAAAUCCGUCAAUUAUCUCCUGCCACUUAUGCUGAUGCUGAUGACCUUGUUCAUUUUGUAUCUGCUGGUAAUGUGGAUUUAGAACCCGGAUCUCGUCAAGUGGAUAGCCCCGACUUUGCACGUCUCGAGCAACGUUUGAGAGCGUUUGUAUUAGAGAAUCGCACAAAAUCCAAGUUGUUACCUGCCAAGAAUUAUCUUGUCAACUUAUUAAUGGAUGUGCAUGUAGUAGCUGAUGCAAGUUGUGAACAUGCUCAACGAGAAGCUGCGCAAGCAACAUCACAGCUCGAACAAGAUUUGCCUGCCUAUCAACAACUUUUGAAAGUACGAGAUUGUUUAUUGGAUCAAGUUGAACACGUUGCUGAAUCGACUGUGGCAGUUGUCCAGCGACAUGCUAAGGAAGCCCUUAGUCAUGCCGUUGAAGGCAUUCGUGAUGCUAUUCAUAUUGAAUAUCCAGGUAUCCUUUUGAUUUGGCAGUAUGCACAAGAUGUCGCUGAUUCCAUGUCACAAACACUUCUUCAAAGUUUAGUGGCAGAGGAACAAGAGACUAAGAAGACGACAGCGACUUGUUUAGAUCAAUUGCAUCGCAUGGGGACUGAACAUUUAGGUCCUUAUACGAUGACUGCGAAUGUGAAUCAAAUCAGUGCCCCUAAUCAUAAGAUUGAGGUCGCGGUUGAAUUGACAGACUUCUUUGAUUUCAUUGUGGAUGACAAACUGUCAGGUACUGCAUUAUCUGUUGGUGCUGCGGCCAUGUUAGGUGGUCGUAUGUUGGGUUUUAAGGAUGCCAUGACAAGUAUGUGGACCAUCUCGACUCUAAUGCCAUCCCAUCAUGUACGUCGUUGGGUGACCCCCGUUGUGGGUAUUGCAUCACUUGGUUUGAUCGUGUAUGUCGUGAGUGAUAUGCGACAUGCUGUUGAACGCAAAUUGGUUAGAAAAUUUAAGAAGGCUGUACAAGAAUCAGGGUAUAUUGAAAGUCAAGCACGUCGUUUAGGUCGUGAGAGUCGCAAGGUAUUGAGAAUGGAAGGCUGGGAAAUUCAAAACCGUAUUCAAAGAGCCAUUGAAGCCAAGGAACAACAACGACAUGAAAUGGAGAUGAAGGCAUUGACUUCAAAGGAGAUGGCCGCUUAUUUUGCAAGUGUUUUAGCCAAAUCAGAUGGAUUAUUAGAAAAAGUAGAGAUGGUUCCGACUGAUACUAUAAGUGCAAAUAAUGCUUAA